AGUUCCACCGCAUCAACGCGCGCGAGAGAUGCUGCUCAUGGUUGCACCGAUACGCAGAGUUCGAUGGGCUGUCAAUAAUCAAUAUAGUGGUUCUAAGCAAGUGCGUGAGGUUUACGAAGCGUCGCGAAACGUUUGUUUACAUAAAUUCAGUGAAUGGCUCGUUUGAGAAUAAUUACAACGCAGAAGAACAACCAGUCGUUUGAAGUCGUUCUAAUCGACAAUCGCAAUAGGAUAAAAUAACCGAAAGCGUAUAAUUGCCCCUAUUGUGCAACAGGGCUUCUAAAAACCGUUACGUAAAGUUCAUUCCACCGUUGAAUCGGUCGGCGAUGUUCUUGUGCAAUGAGAAAACAUCACCGAAAGAUCCAAAACACGAAAAAAAAAAAAUAAAUAAUAGUAAUAUCGAUUUGCCAUAGUCGCCGGCCGGGGAAUUUCCUAUGAAUAAAAACAAGGCAGACGUCAUCGCGCGCAACUGCAUCCUGAAAUAAUCGAUCGGACCGCAGCGCUGUGCUUAUUCCCGCGCCCGCGAAUAUACGACGCAAAUAAUGAGGCGCAGGUGAAUACAUGACGCGCUGUUUUGGUUGCCGCGGGUGGAUCGGCUUUGGGAAACGAUUUGCGUCAUCUCUGUUGAUAUUCGUAUCCUAGUCGACUUUAUGUGUUCCACAGGAAUCGAGUUUGAAGCGUUAAAAUGUUUACCGAAUAAUUCGAAAUCAUCGAUACCGAACGCAUAACGCGCGUGGGGCGGAAUACUAAUUAUUCGGAACUCAUGCGAGAGUCUGACUAAAAUUGGAUCGUUCUACUGAAAAUAUUCGGCGAGCGCACAAGUGGAAUAGAGUUGUUCAAGCCGGGCGAGUCGAUAUAUAAGCCGAAGGUGUUUAUAAAUAUGAUCGAUCUGUGAUUCAUCGUAAUCAUCUGCUGUAAAAUCAAACAAAUCCCUAUAAUCGUUCAUUAAACGACAACGAUUUCAAGGAUACGCAGAAACAAUUUUUCCGUUAUACAUCGCGCGUAUUUCAUCAUCCCGCGAACGCGUAAUACAACCCAGUCAUACGACUGCAUUACACCGAAACAACAAAAAAAGGAAUACUUAACAGAAAAAUCUUGCCGUAAAUCAACAUCUAAAAGCCAAUAAGAAAAACGCGAAAAGCAAUUCCCAACAAAUCAACCUCAACUCCUACCUCAACGUAGAACGAACAAAAAAAAAGAAGUUUGCGAGAGAAAAAAAAUACCGCUCGUGCAAUUCAUCGACGAGCCUCGAGAGCGUGUAUUUGCGCUCGACAUAGAAAGACAGCGCAGUAGUAGCGGCUGCGGCAAUAGCGAAUAAAGGAAAAAAGCAGCAGCGGUCGAGUGUCCUUUCGGUGGCCUCGGCGCUUACGUGUACUCGGGCGCGAGUUCAACGACACUCUCGAGGUGAUCGCCGCCGACAGCCGCGACUCGCGCGGCAUUUCCGCGCGGCGCUCGAUGCAAUAGCUCGAGAGAGUGAGCUAUAGUUGCUUCUUGCCUAUAGGCUCGCGGGUUAAUUUUUUUUUAUUUUGUUUCGAUAUUUGGUUUGGAAGCUCCGUUGCACGUCGGUAUGCGAGGUCCUUAAUUUAAACAAUUUUUAAGCGGCUUUUGGUGUAGUGAAUUUAAAAGCGAGUGAAAGGAGGGAACCGGCUUCGCGUAAAAAGUGAAAAGCGCUGUCGGAAUUAUGAAUGACAUAACGAUGAAUUUCAACACGCUGCGCCGAGGCGAUAUGAAUGGAACUUUUGACGCGUUGCGAGAGUAUUUGGCAUCUCCGUGUGAAAAUUAUUGGAGGUUCGGCCUGUGCAAUUAUUACUGGCCGGUCUAUCCGUUUGGAUUCUUUAAUCACGAGCUUCUUCUACGUCCCACUUGGCCAGCGACGUUCGAUUUCUUCUCGAAAUAUUCAUCGCUACUCGGGGAGAGUGUGGCAGACACCUCGACCUCGUCGCCGGACGCCAACAUGCCAGGAUCGCCGGGCUGCCCUAUCGUCAAGGUCAAGUCCGAGUACCUGCGCGGUAGCCCCAGUCCCGGGACCCGCGAGAGCUGUCUUCAACGUGGUGGUGGUGCUGGUGGUGGAGGAGGACCACAGGCCAAUCAGCAGCAGCAACAGGUCACGGCGAAACUCCAGGAGGCGCUGACGGAGAGGGCAUCGCCGGACUCGGUCUUUCCUGACCUGGCGAGUCCAAGACUGGCUGGACAGGGGAUGGCUAAUGCUGGCAACCAGGCCGACGAGCAUCACCAUCAUCACCAUCAUCACCAUCACAACCAGCAACAGCAGCAACAACAGAGAUCCUGCACGCCUGCGCCGACGAGGUCGUCGCCACAUUCGCCGGGACAGGCGGUGUCGAGCACGCCGUCGACGCCGAUGCCCCAGGAGUCCGCGGUGACGAGUCGCAGCAGCGUCACGCCCGACCGAGGCGGCAACAACCUCACCUCCACCCAGUCCAAGGAGGAGUCCGACAACUCGGUCUUCGACGGCGGCGGAGGCACCACAACCACCAGCUCCACCACGUCCAACAACAAUAACAACAAUAACAACAACCCCAACAACAAUAAUAACAACGCCACCAGCAACGGUAGCAACAGCAGCAACGCCAACGGUCGGCCCGAGAGCAACAACUGCGCGCAGUCGGUGGUGCACCGGAGCAGCCCCUCGUCCCAGUACAGUAACGCGAGCCCGAGUCCGAACCACCAGCAACAGCAGCAGCAGCAACAGACGUCACCGAGGCCCAGACCUCCGUCGGUACCACCUCACCUCCUGAGUCACCAUCAGUUCUGGUCGCAGGCGCCCAACGUUCAGGGAUUCGCGACUCAGAGGCUGCUCAACGGCGUUAUCAGCGGUGCUGUUGCGAGCUACGUGACGGGGAAUAACGGGGCGACGGGUAACGUUAACCUCAACGUCACCGGGAACAAUGGCACGAGCGCGGGCUCGAACGUCACCGGUCUGAACACUACCAGUGGCGAGGGCAUGAAGCCACCAGCGCAACGAGCAGCGCCGGCGCCACCACGACCACCGCCCAACGUGAUAAUGAGCGAAGUCGGUGGCGUCCGCACGAUGAUCUGGUCAUCCCCAGCCAUGGACCCAGUCCCACCGCCCGCAGCCUCCUGGACGUCGACAGCCUCGUGCUCAUCCAGCGAAGAGUCGGCAGCCCAGCUUCUGCUCAACCUCGGCCAGGAGUCCCGAGGCAGCAAACCCACGGGUGGUACAGGGGGCGGUGGCUCCAGCUACUCGUCCGGACCACCCCUGAACAUGGAGAGGCUCUGGGCCGGUGACCUGACCCAGCUACCCGCUGCCCAGCAAAUGCAAGCUUUAAACCUAACCGCCUCGGGCUCGCAGCAACAGCCCUGGGUGAGGAACGGUAGUCUGGUGAAGAGUGAAGUUGCGGCCCAGUCGGGGAAUGCUGCGAGCCAGGUGCAGCAAGGCGUCCAGGCGGCGCCUCCAGCGCCACCCAUGCCCCAGCAAGAUCACGAGGAAGACGAGACGCCAAUGAUCUGCAUGAUCUGCGAGGACAAGGCGACUGGACUUCAUUACGGCAUCAUCACGUGUGAAGGCUGCAAAGGUUUCUUCAAAAGGACAGUGCAAAACAGGCGGAUUUACACCUGCGUAGCGGAAGGUAGCUGCGAGAUCACGAAAGCGCAGAGGAACAGGUGUCAGUACUGCCGAUUUAAAAAGUGCAUGGACCAGGGUAUGGUACUCCAAGCCGUCAGGGAAGAUCGAAUGCCUGGCGGUAGGAAUUCCGGAGCCGUCUACAAUCUCUACAAGGUAAAGUACAAGAAGCACAAGAAGACGAACAAGAGCAACGCGACGAGCAACAUGGGCGUAAUGGGUGCCGGGACAGGUGGCCACAUGGGCGGUGGCGUGAACGGCGCUGGCAGCAAGGUCAGCAUGGCCACAGCGAUGCUCGACAAGCACAUGGCCGCCGCUGCAGCCGCCCAUCAACAGCAGCAACAACAACAGCAGCAGCAGCAACAGCAGCAGCAACAACAACAGCAACAGCAGCACCAACACGCCCAGAUGACCGGAGGCUUUCUGCAUCAUCACAAGAUCUCGUCGGGAGGCGACGUGGUCAACUCCCAGUCUACCCCCAGCCAUCCCACGCAUUCGGGACACCUGGUCAACGGGACCAUUCUCAAGACGGCCCUUACCAACCCCUCCGAAGCACACGAUCUCUUUAAAUAUUGUUACAAACGAAAAGAGUACGCACUGCCUUCGGCGAUCAUACAGUACGCUCCACUACGAGACAUUAGCCCAAAGGUGGUGCAUUUACGACAAAGGUUAGACAAUGCCCUAGUCAGCAGUUCGCGGGAUCACAUGCCUCUGGAAACAACGCUCGCCAUGAUUCAGACCCUCAUAGACUGCGACGAGUUCCAGGACAUCGCCACGUUACGGCUUCCCGCUUCGCAGAACUUGGACGAGCUGCUGGACCACAAAUCGGACUUAUUGAGCGACAAGCUGUGCCAGAUAGGAGACAGCAUAGUGUACAAGUUGGUGCAGUGGACCAAGAGGUUACCGUUUUACCUUGAGCUGCCGGUGGCGGUACACACGCAGAUGCUCACGCACAAGUGGCACGAGCUCCUGGUGCUCACCACAUCGGCAUACCAGGCGAUGUAUGGACAGCACAAGGUCUCGAGCUCCGGCAACGAUGUCACGGGUGCGAACUUCAACCAAGAGGUUUCGAACAACAUGUAUACGUUACAAGCGUGCCUGACCAGCAUGAUGGGCCGGCCGAUCACGAUGGACCAAUUGCGGCAGGACGUGGGUCCGAUGGUCGAGAAAAUCACUUACGUCACGCUCAUGUUCAGGAGGGUGAAACUGAGGAUGGAGGAGUACGUCUGCCUGAAAGUCAUCACAAUGCUUUCGCAAGAUGCUAAAUCACGAAGUGAUACAGUGAACUUAGAACACAUACAAGAACGGUAUAUGUGCUGUUUACGAAGUUUCGUCGAACACAGUGCUCCGUCGCAGCCAAGUCGCUUUCACGAUCUUCUCGUCAGAUUGCCCGAAGUACAAUCGGCGGCAGCUUUACUACUCGAAAGUAAAAUGUUCUACGUUCCUUUCCUAUUGAACUCAACAAUUCAAAGAUAGUAAAUAAACAAGCUGACGAUUGAAGCUGACUACCUAUACAUAUAUACAUAUAUAAAUAAAAGAAGACAAAAAAUUGAACAAACAAAGCGGAGGGACGACAUGGACGUUGAUACAUGUGCAGUACUCGGACUCGCGUCGAGCCGUGCGGACGUUAUGAUUAACCGGCUCUGUUUGUGUAUAUAAUAAUAACUAUAAUAUAUAUAUAUAUAUAUAAAUAAUAUAAAUGUGUGUGUUCGUCGCGUUGUACAAACAAAAAAGAACUAUUAAAAGAAAACAGAACGAAGGGGAGGGAGCGAAUGAGAGCGAGAGUUUGCGAGCGAAAAGGAGACGUUCGGCGAAGUCGGGACUGUGAAUUUUAAUCAGUCGAUUUGUACGAUCGAGGAAGUGAGCGCGCGAGGAGGAAAAGAUGUAUCGAGAGCGAGGAGAAGAAAUCUAGCAUGUUGUAUUACGAUAUUCGCUAUUAGGAGAAACUCUUUGCAAAAAAAAGGAAGAAAGAAAGAUAGGAAAGAAAUAUGAAAAAUUUAAAUAAAAAAAAAUCGAGAUGGACUGACUUUUUUAUCGAAACUAAAAGACUAUAUUAAUAAUAUAUUUCUGUACGCAGUCGAGCUGAACUACGUCAUUGUGUGUUCACAUUGCAUAAUCCGAAUCGAUAAUAAGACUCUUACGUACGUACCGCUGCGCUCAUCGUUAUAGGGCCAACCUAAAGCAAACCGCAUACACACCGCCAUUUCAAACUGUCGACAAGAAGUGAUGAGGAAAUAAAAAUAAUAAUAAUAAAAUACAAGCAUGAUAUAAACCGUACACACUCGUGCGUAUAGCAUCACACACGGAUGUAAACAAAAUACCAUUAUAUUAUAGCGGAGAGAAUAAAGAGAUGAGACGACACCGAUUACCGCCGACACAGCAUCAACAUUUAUUAUCAAUACAAACUAAACUGUAAUAAUUAAUAAACGGAAAGAGAGGAGAGAAUUGAAAACGUAAGCUCAUAAAAUGUCUGUACAAGAAAGAUGAACCAGCGAUCGACUCUGUUUUAUAAAUGUCAGCGUCCCGGGGAUACCACAAAUGUGUUUAUUUACUAUAUAUAUAAUAAUAUAUAUAUAUAUAUACGUGCGUAUAUUUUCACGCGGACUAAUACUAACUUAUGGCUGCCACCACCGCAUGUAUAUAGAAGAAGACAUAAUAAUUAUGCAAAACUCGAAGGAUAUAAGAAUAAACAUACACGAAAAAAAACACACGUACAUUCACGUAUACACGCGUUGCGUAUAAGAGAGAGCGAAAGAAAAUAGGGUAUAACGAAGAAUUAUAUUACACACUAGUACACACACACCCAAUUAUACAUACAGUAGAAAACGCGCGCGCGAGCGCGGGUCGGUCGUUAUAUUAUAUUAUUUUUCGAAAUAAUCCUUUCGUCAAAGCCUCACAACGACGUCUGAACGCGAUGAUUAUUAUAAUUGUAAUUAAUUAUUAUACCAUUAUCAUUAUUAUUAUUGUUGUUGUUAAACAUACCGUAGCGUAGCCAUUGUAACGCAGUCAUCAUUUUAUUAUUGCCGCAGCUAUAUUCUUUUUUUUCUCAUAAAAAAAAAGUUAGCGGGCAGUUUUUACCAACGUCAGUUACCGAGAUGUGUAUACUUAUUAUCGCGUGUACGAUGAUUAUAAUUAUAUACUGCCAAAGCGACGAUAUUGUCACGGCCGAGUGUAUGCAUUUAGGAUUCUCGUCUCGUCGAAGUGCGAUGAUCGACAUUUUAAAACCAUAUCCAGAUAACUUGAGAAUUUUAACUCGAACUUAUAUUAUAUUAGCCGAAUUGAUAAAAUCUUCUAAGCAUACCGUUGUUGAUGAUUAGGAAAAUUUUAGAGACGAUUGUUUGAUACAUAGUACGAAUUAUUAUAGUAAAAAGUUGCGGAAUUACGUUUUCGCGGUAAAUCGUUUCAAACUCUUUAUCUGAGAUGUGUACGUUAUGUGUAGCAUAAAAUCAUAUUAGUCUAUGAUUUUGGCGACGACGACAGUCGCGAGGAAAAGUUAUCUGGAGAAUUAAGCAUCGUUAUAACGACGAAUAUCAAACGUCAACAAUAUGUGAACCGGCGCCGUCGAUAUAUUAUAUUAAUACAUAUGUUCAGUUGGCAAUCAGAAAGUCUGAGGGAAACGCACGAAAACAAAGAAAAGCUCUAUACUUACAUAUUACAUUUUUGCGCUUCUGAUAUAUGAAUUUUUCUAUAUUUUGAUAACAAAAUGAAUAAAGCAUCGCAAGAGAUGUAACGAAAGAGAUGAUUACAUAUUGUUACCGCAUUGUUACAAACGCUAGCUCGCAUUCUCCAUUUUUUACCGUAUCUUCACGUCUCACACACUCAAACGUCGAGCGAUUUCAUUAGACUUUUUUGAUAAAUUCACGUUAGCAUAAUACUUUGACUGUGUACCAGCUAAACGAAGCAAACAAAAUUCACAAUUCGUAGAUCGACUAGUUGCGUAUGCUGGGUUCAAACAUUGUGAUUUUCUCUUCUGAGGUAUAAUAUUGUAGGAGAAAGAAAAAUACUAGCAAAUCUAAUCCGCGAAAAAGCGCGCGCGAUAUUUUUGAUACUCAAUAACUCGGCUAAAUAACGGACGAAUUUAGACUGUAGAGAUGAGAGAGAAAUUACGAACGAUCGGUAAAUGAAUAAAAGAAGAUCUCAUUACUUGUUAUUGCGACUAUGUGCCCGGUGCGAUUAUUAACUGCCGCUGCUUUUUAUACGAACACGAUGUGAUGAUCGUUUUGGCAAUUGAUCUUUAAUUGCAUUAGUUCUGUAUAAUAUGCGACGAUUUCCGAUGCACUGUGAGAAAAACAUCAUAAUUUUUUUCAGAAUUAUUUGUGAAAAACGAUUUUUCUCUCAAUGCAUAGUGAGAAAGCGAAGCGAGCCCAGCAUACGACAUGCGCAUCAAAAAGAAGGAGUAUCGUCAAAAGUGAGAAGAUCGCGAUCCAGGCGACGCGUUAUACGAGACUUUACCGAUUUUUGUUUUUCUCGUAAACACAAUAAAGCAAGUUACCACGAUAAUCUCUUAGUUAUGACUCUAAAAGUAAACAAGAAUUAUGAAUUUAAAGAAACAGAAGAUGUACACGUACACUUACACCGUAUAGAAAUCCCGCAUUAACAUACUGUAUCCAUGAAAGUCGAAAAUAAAAAUGAUCGGCGCGCAACCGAUCGCGAUCGAAGUCUCUCCACGUCUCGCUCGUACAUGCCUCUACAUAGCUUGAGAAUUUGUGAUAUUGCAAUCGUUAUAAAUUUCCUUAUUUUUGUUUUUCCUAACAAUCCACUAAUCAACAACUAUACACACCAGAAACGAUGAUAUGACUCGUUUUAUCAUCCUCGAGCGUGCAUUUAUUUACAUUCUUCGUUCGUAUCUCUAUACGUCGGUUGAGUUCCUCGAACAUCAUUUCCUUCCUCUCGACGUUGUCUUAAUUAUCUCUUUUGCUAUACGAGGAUCGAGUGAGACAGGGAUACAGUGAGAGAUUUCGAUCGUCGGCUCGCGCGCGCGUUCGUGAUGAUGUAUGCGAUCGGCGAUCGAUUAUUUAUGUAUAAAAUAGGAAGCUCGAAUUGUUAAAAGUGAAUUUAAAAGAAGCGUUAUCUAGAAAAAGUAUACCAGUGGUUGAAGCUAGUUUAUAUGAACGAAAGAUGGUGACGACGACGAGACAAAAAAAAAGGAGGGAAGAUCGUUAUCAAUUUUUCGAUUAUCAUUUCCGAGAGAAAGACCUGUGUGUAUGCAUGAUAUAUGCGCGAGUUAUGUAUAAUAAUAUAGUGGUGCGAGAAGAUUUUUUGUGCAGCGAAUAAGAAGUGAAGUAAAAAAAACAAAUUUUAACAGAAAAAAGUGCGAGAGUAUAACCGUUUCGACGCCGCCGUUGCAGCCUUCAUUUCGUCUUGCCGCUGUAGAUCGUUUUUUAAUUGUUGAUGUAUACACACACACAGAAACACGCGAAAAGGAUUUUCUCACAGCGGAAACCGCGAGGCGCUGACGCUUUCUUCGGUCGUCCGCGCGCAGAGAGAGGGACUUGAUAAUGCAUUUGAAAAAUGAAAAAGGACGAGAAAAAAAACGAGAAAAAUCAGAACAGCAACGAACUCUCCGGAUACAUGUUUUCUAUUAAUCUUAAUUUUCAUCAUUAUUAUAUUAUAUACUUGACUGAUUGAUUCAAACGGUUAGCAUAUAAGUAAGGCUGAGUUUUUAAGCAGUAUUUCUCUAUUGAAUAGAAAAAUACGAAUAAAAAUGAAAAUAUUGAAAUAAAAAAACAAAAACAAAACUA